CAGCCCUGAUUUAAACAGUUUUCUAAAAAUAACACUGGGGGGCGUUUCUAUCAAUUCAAUAUCAAUCUAAUCAAGUUAGAAAAUGCUCCUUAAUGAUUUGUGCUUAGCAUCGUUAUCUGUAUGCAGAUACGAUUGAUUUUAAUUAAAAAUGUUACCGGCACAUUCAAUGUUUAUGAGAUUUAACUUAAAAAUAUUAAAAAUUUAAUUCAUCUUGAUUGUGACAUUCUUUUAAGGAAUAAUACGUGGUGUGUCAAAAUGAAUAAAAAAGCUGUCGUUGCAUUUUAUUUGAUAUUAAAUAUUUUCUUUUCCAUUGUUAUUGUAUUAUUAAAUAAGUGGUUAUAUAUCCAUACUAAAUUUCCUAAUAUUACAUUGUCUAUGAUACAUUUUAUUAUUACAUUUAUUGGUUUACUUAUUUGCCAGAGAAUGGAUGUUUUUUGCGUAAAGAAUAUUGAUAUCAGAGAAAUGUUAUUUAUUGCCACUACAUUUUGUGGAUUUGUUGUAUUAACAAAUUUAAGUCUUGCUCACAAUACAGUUGGAACAUACCAAGUGGCUAAAAUGCUAACAACUCCUUGCAUAAUUUUAAUGCAAAUACUGUUUUAUAAAAAACACUUCAGCAUCCUUGUAAAAUUGACAUUAAUUCCAAUUAUUAUUGGCGUUAUAAUGAAUUUUUAUUAUGACAUACAAUUUAAUGUCAUUGGAACAGUUUAUGCAACAUUGGGAGUAUUUGUGACAUCUUUAUAUCAAGUUUUAAUUAACAGAAAACAAAAGGAGUUUCAAAUGGAUCCUAUGCAGUUGUUGUAUUAUCAGGCUCCUUUAUCUGCCAUUAUGCUGCUUGUUGUUGUACCAUUGUUGGAACCAGUUGAACAGACACUUAGUUAUAAUUGGACAUUUUGGGAUAUAUUCAUGGUUGUAUUGUCUGGUGUAGUUGCAUUUUUUGUAAAUCUAACAUCAUACUGGAUAAUAGGACAAACCUCACCUUUAACAUACAAUAUGGUGGGACAUUCAAAAUUUUGUCUUUUACUCUUGGGUGGAGCAAUUGUAUUUCAUGAAACUUUAGCAAUGAACCAAGUAAUUGGAAUAACUUUAACAUUGACUGGGAUUAUUUUGUAUGCUCAUGUUAAGAUGAAAGAUAAUCAAAAUGUUACCUCAGAACUUGCAGUAGAAGAAAGAAAACCUCUGUAUAAAGUGUAAUUUUGUACAAAUAAAGAAUAUGUUAUAAAGUUUA